AAAGAAAUAUCCAAAAUAUAUAUUAUCUUGAUUGUCGUUAUUUAGGAGAAAAUCUAGUUUUAAAAAUAGUUGAAUCUAGAUAUAAGGAGAUGGUGUCUGUCACUUAGGGAAAUUUAGACACAGACCUACUACUUGUCGUGCAUUAGUGGCUAUAUAACAGAGCACAGAUACAGAAUAUUCAACACAUCUGCUUGGACCGGCGGUUGGACAAACUUGAAAGGUGUGCAUAUGGAGAAAACUUGCUCAAAAGAAGUUAUCAAACCACAAGAGCGUCUAGAUUGUGGCUGGCUCGGCAUAUCAAAGGAGUUGUGUGAAAACUCGACUUUCAACAAGGGUCGUUGUUGCUACGACGAUAGCGUGCCAGGCGUCCCCGUCUGUUUUCACGGUGAAACCGACCAGGCAAAAAACUGUUCUGCAGCUUCAAACGGGCGCCAUGACUGUGGAUGGUACGGGAUAAAGAAAGAGCAAUGUUUGGACAAUAACUUCAAACUAGGACUUUGCUGCUGGGAURAAAGUGUGCAAAACUCACCUUGGUGUUUCUACGGCGUUAAAAGACAACUUAUGUGCUCUAAGGAUAUUAUCAGCCCUAAAGAUCGAGCUGAUUGUGGAUGGGUAGGAAUAAAUAAGGACCAGUGUGAAAGGAGGCAUGGUGGRCGAUGUUGCUAUGACGAUAGCGUGAAUGGCGUGCCAUGGUGCUUCUUUG